UUUUUGAUUUUGUUCGGUUGAUUCGGGGAAAAAGAAAUACAAUUAUUUAUGGAUACGCCAUCGCUAGUCAUGUCCAAGGAUAUAAAUAAUUAUUUCGAAGGACUUCUUAAGAAAGUCCAUGGUCUCUAUAUAAUACAAAUAACUGAUCGUGAUGGUGCGCCCGUGAUGCGUGUUAGCCAAGAAAAAAAUGUAGACUUUACAUUGACGCCCUCCUUUAUAUCGACAUUUACAACGGCCAGUGAUCAGGCUGGCAAAUUGGGUCUGGGACGUAAUAAGACCAUCAUAUCGAUGUAUUCAAAUUAUCAGGUUGUUCAAAUGAACAAAUUACCCUUAAUUCUAACAUUUGUUGGUUCGGAAAAUUGCAAUACAGGCCAUAUUUUGGCAUUGGAACAUCAGCUGGAUGCCUAUUUAGAAGACAUGAGACUUGCUGUUAGCGAAUCUUAA